UAAUCCGCGCCGUCUAGAUCUGACCGAGCCCGGGGCGACCUCAGUGGACCUGGCUUGGGCAGGUCGCAUUGGACCCUCAAGCUGGAUGCGAAGAACAACAACACCAGCAAUAAAAACGAGAGGACGACAAGGAGAUAGAAUGCUGUGAAUAGUGAUAUAAUGUCUUCCUCCGAAGUUGCUUCCCGGCCCUCCAGCGGUGACCGCGCUGGCCAACCGCGCGCCGAACUCGACGUCUCGAAGCUCCACGCCCUCCCCUCCGAGCAGCAGGACCUCUACCUCCUUACCUACACUUCGGACCUCGUUCAGUAUACGGUGACGCUGGACAAGGAGACACUGUGCGCGCAGCAGAAUUUUAUAAAACAGGAACUGUUAAAGAUCCUCCGCCUGGUAUCGCCGGUACCAACUCGGGUCAUACGAAAUGGCAUUGGCCGCUGCUUCAGUGCUGUGUUUUCCAAGGGAAAUAGAGCAAGUCUUUUUGAUACCGUCACGGAGCUGGUAGGGAUCCUUAAUUUUGGCAAGAGUGAAGUUGAUUUGAAGACGAAGUUUGCUGCUGUGGUGGCUCUGGGUGACAUAUUCGUGGCUGCGGGUGAUGGUGCGGUGGGACAGUCCAGUGCCGUCUGUUCAGCCACCCUCAAACUCCUAAAGCUGGCACAGAACAACGCAGGGUUACGAUAUUGUGUGUUCGUUUCGUUGAGGAAAGUGAUAGCAGGAAUUGGGCCGCAGAUUGAUGAGGCUACAGCUCGUGAUAUAUGGAAACAUGCUCGAACCGCAGCUGUCAAUGACAAAGCGUACAAUGUCCAGGUUGGAUCAUGCUCGUGCCUUCAGGAGCUAGUCAAGUCAACACCAUAUUUUAAGAAUACCAAUGAUUAUGAACACUUGAAGACCACUCUAUGGAAAGUUAUGGACAGCUCUGUUGCGUCAGUGAGGCACGGAGCAGCGGGCUGUCUUGCAACUUUCUUGGUGAAAGCCCACUCCAGCACGCCUAUAUUGAACACGAAGCCUACGGCCCUUCGGACCAAGAAGCCAUUGAAAAGACAGCCUACGGAUCCCGUGGAUGGUGAUAUUAUAGACCGGACCCAAUCCCCGUCAGGCCGCAAGGCUGACAGCUCGCUAUCCUUGAAAAUGGAGGACCUUUUAGUCCAGCUUUCAAGCCACUACUGUAAAUCAUCAACAGGAAAUCGUGCUAGAGCCGCGAUUGCGGUGUGCUAUGAACUUUUACUCAAGGAAUUUGGUGGGAAAGUAGUCGAGGAUUAUUAUACGGAGAUUGCAGACCAUUUACUCGUCACUCUUUUAAACAACCAAACUGUUGCAUACAGCCGGUAUCGCCUCCUUCUUACCCGGAAAUAUGUCAAACAUAUCCUCGAGGAUGUACUAGGCAGAGAAAUGCUCCGUGAAAGUAGUCAGUUGACAGCGGUUAAUUGGAUUUCCAAUAGUAUCCUCAAGGACUAUCCCCAGGUGGUUCCUGAGCGUCGAGAACCUAGCAAAUAUACCCUCAUAAGUGCUCUCAGUGCGCUCUCUUCCCUCAUCGAAUCCCUCGGGUCUGCUGCGGCAACUGUUGCAGAGACCUGCCGUGAAGCCUUGCUUCAACUUCUUCAACAUCCAAAUUUCAGCGUCCAGGUCCAUAUUGCUCACUGUAUGCGUAAUUUUGUCGUUGCAUGCCCUCAACAGCUUCUCUCAUGCGUCACAGUAUGUAUGAACAGUUUAGCAAGGGAGCUUGGCCAGUUGUCGUCAAUCCGCAUGUCUGCUCCUCGCUGUCUUGGCUACGCACAUGCCCUCUCCGCGAUGCUAAGUACAUCCCGGCUGCAGCCCCUAUACGGAUCCGUCGAUGUUUAUGCCAAGGUAUUGUCACAAGCCACAGACCUUCUCAAGACAAGUGGAGGCUCGGAACUUCGAGUUGCUAGCACUCAAAUACAGGUAGCCUGGAUCCUGAUCGGAGGUUUGAUGCCAUUGGGGCCAAACUUUACAAAGAUACAUCUCUCGCAACUUCUCUUGUUAUGGAAGAAUGCCUUAUCUCCAAUAGCGAAGGAGAAUCUUACCAAGCGUGGCCCACUGGAAAUGAGCUUUCUAGCCCACGUCAAAGAAUGCGCUUUGAGCUCGAUACUAGUCUUUCUGGAAUAUAAUAGCAAGCUUAUCACUUUAGAUGGAUUGAAAAGAAUUGCCAUGAUGCUUCAGGGGAGCGUCUCUUUCUUGGAACAUCUCCCUAAGUUGAAAGCCGUCGAAGAUAUCUCCCAACGAUUAUCCCCAUCACUUCAACUUGCGGAUUAUGCAACUUUGGUUCGACGACGAGUUCUACAAUGUUUUGCCAAGCUAGUCAAUUUGAGCCACCUUAAUCCUAUGGACAAUCUGCCUCUCUCUGGUAUCCUAGGCCUCGCGAUAUCUUGUUUUGCCGACCCAGAUGUCACCUCCGCGAACCCAUUAGAGACAUCUAUCGCUGCUUCCACUGCAAACUUUGAUACCUUAUGGGAUCUUGAUGAUAAUUUCGGGUUUGGUGUUACGGGAUUUGUACGCAAUUUUGUGCCCGGACAGUCAAGAUCCGGACCUUUUAUUAACACGAGCGUAACUGAAGCCACAGGCCAUCCAAUUGACUCUUCUUUGAUAACUCCAAUGUGUCAUGCAAGAGAGCAUGAUUCCGUAUUGCUUUACUAUGCCAAAAACAUCAAUUCAGACUAUCUUCCCGAUCCACCGCAAACCGAAGUUGUCAAUUCUGCAAUUGAGUUAUUCUCUGUUACUCUCCCGCUACAAAACCCAAAGAUUCAAGAAAGUAGCGUUGAGCAAAUUGCAACCAUGCUGUCAUCACAUAGCCUCAAUCGAAACCCUGGACGCAAAGCAGCUAUGACCGCUAAUAUUGCGAUUGCUCUUCUAUAUACACUCCGAGUUUCCGUAAACGAAACCCCAUAUCUCCCUGGAAAUCUAAAACAUGUUGCAGUUGAAAAACUUUUCCAGGAGCUCAUACAGACUUUUAUAACAAACCCUGAUUAUAUCAUCCGAAUAAUCGGAUUUGAAGGGCUUGGCCGUUUAUGCAACAGCUCUGGCAAUGCGUAUACAAACUCGGAAAUAAAUAGACUUGUUGAUGUCAUUGUCGAAAACCGUGAUCCCCAUGCCCGAGCUGGGUGCGCAGCUGCGCUAGGCUCCAUCCAUGCUCAAGUCGGAGGGAUGGCAGCAGGAUUUCAUUUGAAGACUAUUGUUGGUGUCCUAAUGUCAUUGUGCAAUGAUCCCCAUCCUGUUGUUCAUUUCUGGGCCUUGGAGGGUUUGGCGCGUGUUAUAGACUCCGCGGGCUUGACCUUUUCGGCCUAUGUAUCUGGAGCUUUCGGGAUGCUGGCUCGUCUAUAUGUUGCAGAUACCCACAACCACGAGGCACCUACCACGGGGACUUCAAAUUUUGAAGCCGAAUUCUCCACACCGUUAGCAAUUGGCCGAUGUGUCGAUGCUCUCGUUAAUGUGGUUGGGCCUGACCUCAGAGAUGUUACAAAAACGAGGGAUCUAGUUUUCACUAUAGUCAAGGAGUUUCAACUGGAACGCGAUGCUCCUCUGAUAAACGUCAGCUCCCAGUGUCUAGACCAUUUGUCCUUGUAUGCACCACAGUAUAUGGAUUUCUCAGGUUAUGUGCAAUGGCUACAGAAAGAAUUAGCCUCGACAGACAAGCAAGUUAAGCAAGCUGCAGUUUAUGGCCUUAGCAAUCUCAUGAAAAGAGAUGCCAGUAGGGUCAUUCAAACUGCAUCAUCAACAUUCGAAGAUGAAUUAUGGAUUGCAAUCGAUAAUGAUCCAGGGAACAAACUUCUCAAAGAUAUUAUUGUAAAUUGGCUUCAGCAGACCGGAUUAUCGAACACAAAAACCUGGAUCGAGAGAUGCCAAAAGGUUCUGACGAAAACAAGGUCCAAACGCGAUGAAACUGCCUCGCCUCCUCCUGUUACUGCUACUGGCGCCGCAACCUCUGAUCUUCCGGAUGAAGAAGUUGCUGGAUUUGCCACGGCAGUUACUGGUGAGAGUAGAGAAGCCACUGAUACGUCCGCCGGCGGACAAGAAUUACUCAAAUGGCAAACCCGAAAUUUCGUUAUUGGAUGUCUUAGUGAACUUUUAACGAUGGUUCAAGGUGAAAUCUUAGCCGAUCAGACCAUACCAGCUGAAGCUGCAUUGCAGGAACGAGUUGGGGAUAUUGUUCGGAUGGCAUUCUCUGCAUCAACGGCAAACGUCAUUGACCUACGAAUCUGGGGGCUGAAGAUUCUGGACCAAGUGCUUAAGUUGUUCGGUCGAACCCCUGAUCCUGAUUUUUCGGAAGCGUCUCUACUUGAGCAGUAUCAAGCCCAGAUUGCAUCUGCAUUAACUCCAGCGUUCGCUGCGGAUUCAUCUCCAGAGCUUGUUUCUGAGGCUAUAAAUGUCUGUGCCACAUUCGUUGGAACUGGGAUAGUUACCAGUGUUGAACGAAUGGGCCGUAUCUUCAAGCUUCUUGUUGUUGGACUUGAGAACUUUGCUAAGAAACCAGACAUGACUGAGAUUGGAGAUCUUAAAGGCCUCAAUUCCAACGCGCGUGUGAUGGUCAAACUAGCCUUGUAUUCUGCAUGGGCGCGGUUGCAAAUAUCUAGCAGUGAACAAGCCUAUCUUGUGGAUAUAGUAUCGCCAUACACAGCUAUGUUAACUCCACUUUGGCUCUCCUCCCUCCAGGAGUUUGCACGCUUAAGAUUUGAACCUGAGAUAUCUGGUACGAUGGGCCCAAUGAGUUUAUCUGAUAAUCCUGAUGAUAUCUAUUCAGCACUUAACCGCGAAAUCCUUCUCAAGUUCUAUCAAGAUUCUUGGUUAAAUUUCGUUGAUGCUAUCGCCAGCCUCGUUGAGAAGGAUAGUGAUUUCGUGUUUGAUGCACUAAACGGUAAACAGGAGCUUCAAAAGACUGAAAGCAACGAAGAUGACCCCGUUCAUACUGGCGAAACAAAAGAAAAAGGAAAUCAUAUCAACUACCGUGACGAGCCAGUAGCUUUCUUUUUCGUCCUUUUUGGACUGGCGUUUGACGCUUUGGUCAGCCAGAGCUGUACUCCUGCCCAAACACUCGAAAUCCUUCAGGCUUUACAGAAAAUUCUACAUCCUUCUGUUGCUGGCAAUGCAGUUUACCAGGAUUCUAUUUUUUCUGAAACUAUUGAUACUUUGAACAGGAUGGUAAUGACCGAAAAUUUAGCCAUCCAGUCCGUUAUAGUCCAGAUUGUCAGAAGUCUCUCCCUUCACCAUCCAUCCGCAACUAGAGAGAACACUUCUACGGAGCACCUAUCAGAUGAUAUCGAACAGCUAUUUGAGUUAACACGCAAUAUCAUACUCGUUAUUGCAGGUGUUCUACCCAACCUUGGAGAAUCGUCGCCAAAAGCCCGAUCUGAGACUUCUGAGGAAUCGAUUUCUCUAAUCCAGCAUUCUCUCUCCUCGCUGGUGGACAUCACAUCUGUAUUUCCAUCCAUCAUUCGGGAUGACUUACAUACAUGCGUAGUGCAUAUAUUCACCACGGUCUUCGCUACUGGUAGUUGUCAAGCGGAAAUUGUUCCUACGAUUCUCCCUAUCUUCAAACGCUUCCUUCAAAAACUCUGUCAACCCGGCGAAUCUCAGAGUAAAGAAUCCUGCCCCCAGGGGCAAGAGGCCUUGAGUGUUAGCCGCCAAAUCCGAGGAUGUUUGGCAAGGUUCUUGGGCAUUCUAACUGUUGCCCAACGUCGGGAAUCAGACACUUCUCUCCCCUGCGCCAAAAAUACGCUCCUCGGUAUUACUAUUAUCCUCACAACUGCCAGUUCUGCUAUUCCACCCCAAGACCCAUUGAUAUCACGAGCAAUGCAAGAAUUGCUUGAUUGUUUGCAGGAUCUAGGCCUCGGGGGUGUUGCAGCUAGCUGUGUCCGCUCUCUCCUUUUAAACCCUGGCGCCCGCUCUUCUACCGACGAAGUAAUAGCUCGCACACUCUUCCCUAGACUUCUAGCAUUUGUGACAAAGACACCGAUUGGAAUGAAUAAUGAGCCGCCAAUCGAUGCAGAGAACAUGAAAUCUCAUGUUACCCAAACCUUAGUGUCCGUCGUGGGGUCACCAGCAUUUACGAAAGCUGCUAUUCCUGCUGCAAUGGCAUUAUUGAUCCCAGCUUUUCUAACAAGGGCUAAACAUGACGGAGCUAGCGUCUACCAGGAAACUGCAACUCGUCUAUUAGAGCUUGCAAAGAUAGAUCAAAUUGCUUUCAGGGGCUUUGCUACCAAUAUGGAGCAAGGCUCGAAAGGUCUUUUGGAAGAGAUCCUCAAGACGGUUGGGCAAAAGGAAGAUAACAGCAAACGACAUGAACAGGGACAGGAGAGAAACGCACCGACUAUCGCCUUACGUAUGGAUUUCUAG